ACUACCUAGUUGUAUCUUGUCCUAUAUAAACCCUUGUCCACACCUUGUACUCUUUCGUGCCAAAGUACAAAGUUUGUACAAUAACAUUCAUACUCUCUCAAACCUAAACAUUCCACAAUUCUUUUUUUCACUUUCACAACCUAUUUUCCAAACUCUCUCACAAUGACCAACAUGAAGAACAAAACAACAAAGUUGUUGAAGCAAAUCAUAGCCGGUUUAACCUCAAUCACAAAGUCAAAAACCAUGGCUUUAAAAUCUAAAGCAAACGCCAUCAAAGCUCGUUUGAUUAUAUUCUCACUCAUGAAGAACAAAAAGUUCCUCAUGACUUCCAUUUCAGAUAAAUUCCAUUCCAUUUGGGGGAACCAUUCUCAUCAUCAUUCCAAGGAAGAUUGUUUAAUUGAAGAAGGUGUCAAUUAUGAUAAUCAUCAUCCUAGAGCCAUGGUUAUGUAUAACAACAACGCCCGCACUUACGAAGCGUUGCAAAAUCCAAGUGAAACACAAGUUGUGGAUGAACAAGAUCAAGAAGAUGGUUACUAUGAGGAUGAGGAUGAUAAGUACCCUGAUUUGACUCACAGUCUUUUUGAUUCUGAGGAAUUGGAUUUUGGAGGAUCAGUGAUUGAUAGAGUGAAGAAUUGUAAGGAAGAAGCGGGGAAAGAGUUUAAACUUGAGGAUGAUAUUGAUGAAGUUGCUGAUCUUUUUAUCAGAAGAUUUAGAAGAAAUAUAAUCUUGCAGAAACAAGAUUCAUUGAAGAGAAAGAGACAAAUCGAGCAAAAUGGUACUUGAAAUCUGAAUAAAUGCAAAAAAGUCUAUUCUCCAAUACUUAAUAUUUUUGGACCAAUUAAAGAAUUCAUAGUUGAGAAACAUAAUGGGUGCACUAAUACGAUUGUUUGAAAUAAACUAUAUCAUUUUAAAUUGUCUAGUUACUAAUAAUUUAAAAACAAUGUGGAAAUUAUAGAUAAAACACUACCAAGGUGUCAAUACGGAUUUAAAGGAUUAUACCCCUCUAAUCAAUUUCAAUACAAUUCAUUCUCUA